AUGAAUAGGCACACUCGGCUUCAUACGCUGGAGUCUCUUAAUGCCGAUGUUCUUAUUGCAAUUUUAGCCGCAUGCGACUCUUUUAGCGACCUGGCCUCCUUUAUCCGUGCCUCGCCGAUCUUUUUUCAUGCUUUUCUCUCCGCCAAGGCCACCGUGCUCCUGCACGUCGUCAGCAACAUUCUCGGGCCUGCAAUUCGAGACGCUGCCUUGCUCGCGCAAACCUCCGGGUUCGACGGCGAGGACCGCGAGCGCAAAGUCGACGCAGCUGUCCAAGACUAUAGAGCUCGCUUGCAUGUCACUAGCGCGCCAUGGGUAACGACUCUAAAUGCUGAUAUGGCACUUGCCCUGGUCCGCGUCACACGGCUCGCCCAAUUCUACGUCGACCUCUUCAGCUACUUCCGCUUUCAAUAUUUCGCGCAUAGGCUGGAUCCAACUCCAGUGGAGCGUCCUCCCCCUCAGCCGCGUCUGAGUCGGACCGAACGUGGCCGGAUUGCACAGGCUGUCCUGCGCUGCCAACUGCUCAAGCAUAUCCACGAGGGAAAGUACUGGGAACCCCGCGAUUAUCACCGAUUCUCCAGAGACGUCCUUUCGCUCUUUCACCCAUGGGAAUUGCAACAGAUCUCGGAUAUGGACGAGUUUCUAAGCCAGCUCGUCGUAUCGCUGGCAGAGUACCAGGUGAAGAAGCAAGACCACAAUAGCGGGCACACUCCCCCGCGCUGGUACUUCUGGUGGCAGCACUACGCCCCCGGCCUCGAGGAAUUCGCCACGAAGAUAAAGCGUGCUCUCGAUUUAGACAGCUCUCUACUUGACAGUAGCAGCCAAGAGUUGGCUGGCAAUAUCGCCGCCACCGACUUUAGACAGGAAACCACCUGA